GCCUCCUUUUACGUUUUUUCUGCGGGUGUUAACACGCACGCGGUCCCUAAAGCGUCCCUCGCUCCCUGCAAGUGGGCAGAGCAAACACACUGCCUGAAAUCUCUCCAGUCUGCUCAACGAAACGACGUCUCCUCGGUUGCUCUUCCCUCUGGAUUUCAAGUCUUAUUACAGCUUUAUUUCACCACCGUGGGCUACAGAGAGAAAAGAGUAAAAAGGAUGCAACCGCUGGGUCCUCUGAGAUGUUACUGAGCGAUGAGGAUGGGUCAGAGAAGGAAAUCCCGCCGGUGAACCACCCCCCAAAAGAAAAACCCCUCAGCUUCACCCACUGACAGCGCCAUGCCCCGCCUGCCCUCCUGAUUUCCCUCCCGCCACUCUACACCUUCCCUCCCAUCAGACUCUCUCUUCAGUCAGCAUGGCGACUCCUUUCCUCUGGAAGCUGUCCUCUCAGAAACUGGGCUUCUUCCUGGUGAGCUUCGGCUUCAUCUGGGGCAUGAUGCUGCUGCACUUCACCAUCCAGCAGAGAGCCAGCCACGAGAACAGCGCCUUGCUGAGGCAGCAGAUCCUGGACCUGAGCAAGAGAUACAUCAAAGCGCUGGCCGAGGAGAACCAGAGCGUCAUGGACGGGCCCUACGUGGGAACCAUGACGGCUUAUGAUCUGAAGAAGACCCUUGCAGUGCUGCUGGAUAACAUCAUGCUGAGGCUCGGUAAGCUGGAGUCCAAGGUGGAAAACAUCUACAACAGCACGGGGAGCAACCUGACCACCGGCACCGGCACCAUCGUACCCAGCGCCACUAACUCAGAAAAAGUUAACGUGGCAGGAACGACAUUCCCGAGGCUUACGACCAGCUAAACUCUGGCAGCAUUG